UGAACACCACCCUCAACAAAGCGAAUUUAUACAAGGUGAAAUUCGCUUUGCCAAAGCGUAUAAAUUCGCCGUUGUUUUUAAUGUAAUCGGAAUGAAAAAACAAAAACAUUGGGUCUUCCUCGAAAUGAAAACAUAAUUUUUGAAGUGUCCAAAGGUACAAAUGCAGUGUAAAAUAAAAACAAGAACAUGAGUAUUCAACUCACCAGUUUUGAAUUAAGUUCCGAAGCGCUAAUUGGAUCACUACUAGCAUUAUGUGCGUUAUUCGCUUUUUGUCGCAGUUUAUUACUGGAGGACGUAAUUUUCAUACCAAGGAAAACGAAACAUAGCUGGAAAUCUAUCAAGCUACUCGAAAAGUUGAAGUAUUUUGCGUUUCUACAGGUCUGUUAUUGCAAUGCAUGUGAGAUCCUUUUGACCUCUUCAGCAGGUCUCUUCUGUGAUUGCUGUGGUGUUUGUUCUCAUUCCGCAAAUAUGUGCACCAAAGAAAUAGACAACAAUUAUCGCUGCAAAGAUAAAUGGAUUCGAAAUGAAAAAUCGAUGCGUCAUCUAUGGGUUCGUGGCAACUUGCCCGUUGGAGUAGUCUGCGUUGCAUGUAAGGGCGAAAUCGAUUAUCACGCCACCGCAGGCCUAUUUGGUUGGCGAUGUGCAUGGUGUCAUCGUUGCUAUCACAAUAACUGCUAUAAACAUAUAGAUGCACGAUCAGAGUGUGAUUUGGGUGAAUUUCGGGACAUGAUCUUUCCACCGUAUUGUAUUGUUGCGGCGCGCACUCGCGAGUCGGUACGAUUACAUUUAGCUGGCAUUAAACCACCUAACAUUGAAAGUUGGGAGCCUUUAAUAGUGAUUGCUAAUACAAAAUCUGGAAGCAGUACAGGUUCAGAUGUUGUAUCUUUGCUGCGAGGUUAUCUCCACCCUCUGCAAGUGAUGGAACUGGGUACUCGCGGUCCUCAAGAUGCCAUGCAAUGGGCAGCGAAGGCUACUCCUAGGCCUUGUCGCAUUCUAGUAGCAGGAGGAGAUGGCACUGUCGGUUGGGUAUUAAACACAAUCCACGCUCUCAAUAUAAAGCCUAUACCUUCUGUUGCUAUAAUGCCAUUGGGAACAGGUAACGAUCUUUCAAGAGUGAUGGGUUGGGGCCCAGAGCCGCCUGCAAGUUUAGAUCCGGUUGCAAUCCUCAGAAAUAUUAAGCGGGCCCGAUCAGUAAAUUUAGAUCGUUUCGACUUACAAGUUGAAAGACUACAUUAUAGACUGCCUAUUCAACGACAUCCAAUCAAAACGAUACAUGUUUAUAACUACUUCAGUAUUGGAGUGGAUGCGUUGGUCACUUAUAAUUUUCAUAAAACCCGAGAAUCUCGAUUUUACGUAUUAAGUAGUCGUAUUUUUAAUAAGCUAAUUUAUUUUGGUUUCGGUACUCAACAAAUAGUACAACGUGAUUGUGAACGAAUUGAAAAAAAGUUGGAUCUGUAUUUGGACGGUCAUCUUGCAGAGCUGCCUGAACUGCAAUCGAUUAUCUUCCUUAACAUUGAUUCUUGGGGAGCAGGCUGCAAACUUUGUGAGCUCAGUAAUUCAGAUUCAAAUGCUAAGAUAGACAACUCUAUAUCUGAUGGUAUUAUGGAAGUUUUCGGUCUUGUAUCUUCAUUCCACAUGGCUCAACUACAGUGUGGCAUAAGUAAACCUGUGCGGAUUGGUCAAGCUAGGCAAAUACGAGUUGUCGUAAAGGCCACAUGUCCUAUGCAAUCUGAUGGUGAGCCGUGGAUGCAAGCUCCAGCUGAUAUACGCUUACAGUCGCGCAGUCAAGUACGCAUGCUAAAGUUGGAAUGUUAGUGCUAACUUAACUUAUUCAUUUAAAGCUUUAUAUCAAUGUUGUCCAGCGGGCGGCGGGCGCUAAAAUAUGGUCCGCGAAAAGUUACAAACUUUGAAUGAACACGCCGCUCUCUGGGAAAAAAUAAUUUGAGUCAAAAAAUCCUUAAACCUUAAUCGAUUUCGUAAUUUUGUUUUGAAUGUUCGUUAUUAAUUGUACAUUAAGAUAGUGCUCCUUUCUUAAAGAGUCAUAAAAUUAAAGAAAAUA